AUGUCGUCGACAGCCGGCUUCCCCGCCUUUGGCUUGCUACCUACCGAACUGCAGCUCCAGAUCUGGAAGGAAGCGCUCGCUCCCGUCGCGGUGUUGGACUUUUAUGUUCGCCCUCAAACUGGAGGCCGCAAGCAACCCCAUGCUGCAAAGAAGCUGCCCCCAGUCGCCCUGGACUUCUACGGGGCCAAGCCGCACAACGCGGGCCUGUCCUGCAAAGCCGCGCGCCUCGUCAUGGAGCAGACCUACGGCCCGCCCGUCCGGCUGGCCGGGAGCGCAAACGCCUGCUGGGUGAACCUGGACAGGGCCGUCGUCCACCUGAGCGAGCCCGUGAACGCAGCGGCGAUCCUGGACGCCCUCGAGCCCGACGUCCUGCCGCGCGUCAGACACAUCGUGCUGGCGUGGCGUUCGCAAAAGAACGAAACCAUGAUCGACGCGUGCAAGGCGGUCGCCACUCGCUGCAAGAACCUCGAGACGUUGACUUUUAACCCUUACUUUACCAAGCGCCACCCGGCUCAAGGAUACAUGUGCAAGGCCUUGGACGAUCAGAUUACCGCCUUUUAUUCCGCCAUCCCGGAAUACAUCGAGCCGCCGUGGUGGGACUUUUCGAUGGAUUUGCUGCAGACCAAGUCGCGGCUGCUGCCGUAUUUCGAUACUCCGCGGCCAAAGAUGCACAUGGUGCCUUUCCACAUCCUGCUGUCUAGCGGUGCCGACUUGAUUAAAAUAAUAGCACCUCUGCACGCUUCCCCAGAAAGAUCCGUCGUGAAGCCGUUCAAGAUCCUGCUCCCCUCAUGCCGCGCGUCCCUGGAACGCUCAUCAACCGACGGGUUCCAGUGGAGCUGGCGGGCCUGGGCGCUGAGGAAGGCGAAGAUGGUCGGUCUCGUGUGGGCCCACGGUGCCGAUGUCGCCGAGGAGGGCGAGGUACGGCGCCGCCGGUGUCACUUGGUAAAUGUCGUAGGCCUUGGGCGUCUCGAGGUGCAGGUCGGAUAG